AUUUGAUUAGUUAAUAUCGUAAAUUAAUAUCCCCUCUACUUUGUUACAAAUUUCACAAGGAAAUAAAUAAAAUUUAUAUCAUAUAAAUUAGAAAAUUUAAGGAGAAUGGAUGCUAUUGUGUUGUAUUUAUUACUUUUUAUAGAAUAGCACGUAAUCUCUAAAUAUGGGAUCUGACUAGUAUUUUCCGAAUUUAAUGUUUACGGAUAAAUGAGUAAAAAGUACGCAAAGUCUACUCUGGGUGCAGUGGCCGCAAGAAACACCAAGGCGGCCAAUGUAGCCAAAAGAGAAGUCGCAGAUUUUAAAAAUAACGUUAAAAAUGUUUUAACACAGGGUUAUAAUAAUGAUGAAUUGUCAAAUAUUCAAAGAAAAAAAAUUUUAAAUGACAUUGAAAAGUUGCAAAAUGACUCCUCAAAUGUUUUAUCAUCGCUAUACGAAUAUUCCGAAGAGUUACGAUUAAAAAAUGAGUCCUAUGUGUUAUAUGAUAGUUUAUUGGACGACUUUAAGCAGAACAUGGGUAAAAUCGAAGAUUUGAGAGCGAAAUUGGUAAAUUACCAAACCUCGAUACCAAAUUCAAUACGAGACGUGAAACACGACAUACAUGUCGACGAAGAUGAGAACAUGGAAUUAGUGCAAGAUCAAUUAUAUAACCUUUCUGAGUACCCACUUGAAAAUACAAUUUUGGACGAAAGAUCCGAACAAAUUAAACAACUAAGAUCAUCUGUUUACGGGAUUCAAGAUAUGUAUAUUGAGAUUGGUGAUAUGGUGGAUUAUCAGGGGGAUCAACUAGAUAAUAUUGAGAGUAAUUUGUUAAAUGUUGUAUCAGACUCCAGAACAGCAACUAAUGACCUAAGAUCAAUUGAUCGAAGAGCAAUACCCAAAAUGACUUAUUUCGUUGUAUUCGUACUCUUGGUCUGUGUUCUGAUUGUCAUUGUAAUUUACUCUAAAAUUUGAUUAACUCUACACUAAUUUAGUAGUUUACACACUAAUUUUAGUAGAGUUUACACACUAAUUUUAGUAGAGUUUACACACUAAUUUUAGUACAGAGUUUAC